UAACAUCCACAGCUGCUACAACUGCCGCUACCACCACAACCUCCAUUCUUGGUUCAGCGGGGCCUACGUUGUUUGCAUCUAUAGCGAGUUCUUCAGCACCGACGUCGGCUACCACCACGGGCCUCUCACUUGGUGCCCCUUCCACUGGGACAGCAAGUCUUGGAACGCUUGGGUUUGGAUUAAAAGUUCCUGGAACAACAGCGGCUGCAACAAGCACUGCCACUAGCACUACUUCUGCUUCUGGCUUUGCUUUGAAUCUUAAGCCAUUAACUACGACUGGUGCCAUUGGAGCUGGGACUUCUACAGCUGCCAUAACCACAGCAACCACAGCCAGUGCACCUCCAGUGAUGACGUAUGCCCAGCUGGAGAGUUUGAUAAACAAGUGGAGUCUGGAACUGGAAGACCAAGAGAAACACUUUCUCCAUCAAGCUACGCAAGUUAAUGCCUGGGAUCGGACGCUGAUAGAGAAUGGAGAGAAGAUUACUUCAUUACACAGAGAAGUAGAGAAAGUGAAGCUUGAUCAGAAGAGACUGGAUCAGGAGCUGGACUUCAUUCUGUCACAGCAGAAAGAGCUUGAAGACUUGUUGACCCCUCUGGAGGAGUCUGUGAAGGAGCAGAGCGGAACUAUCUACUUGCAGCAUGCAGAUGAAGAACGGGAGAGGACCUAUAAACUGGCUGAAAACAUAGAUGCUCAGUUGAAGCAUAUGGCACAAGAUCUGAAGGACAUAAUUGAGCAUUUGAAUACAUCAGGAGGCCCAGCAGACACGAGUGACCCG